AUGUUUCAAUCCGCGCCAUCUCCUGGCCGUGCAGGCCCUCACCCAGCAGUGAAUGACUUUGCAACUCCCGUGCGAACUCCAUCGACCUCGUACCACUCACACCCGUACUCGCAAGCCUUGACUCCCGCUGAUGCCUCGAGCAAAGCUGUGCGAUUUCAGAACCAACCUCUCCCACCGCAGCAGCAGCAGCAGCAGCAACAGCAACAGCCUCAGACUUCGGCUCUAACCUCGACCGCUACACCGAACAGGUCGCCAUACUACAACGCAGUGUCGACACAAACACAGUCCCCGCAGCAGCGCAACACCGUCGCCAGCGCAAGUGCGUUCAACAACAAGAUGGCGCUCCCUCGAGCAGCUGUGCCGCCUACCCUGGCAAGUGGAAGUUUGAGCAGCCCGGAGUCGAAGAUCGCAUUGGCAAGAAGAAUCAAAUGGAACCUGGGCGCGCUCGGUCUGCUCUGGAUCGUGCCUGCUCUGACCACCAAACCGAGAGACGCGUACUGGUUGGUGUUGGAUCAGAUCUACUUGCACGUGGGAGGCGAGACGGACGAGCUAGUCGAUGGUGUGGUGGGCUGGAUCCUGUGGGCCAUCAGUGUUAUCCUGCUGUUCAAUGCUGUAGAAGCUGCAGUUCUCAUGCGUCGAAGUUCCGAGGCAACCCAAGCACUUCCUGCGGCGUCGAGCCCUGCUUCAACCGCGGCACCGACAGUAGGAAACAAGGUUGGGGCGGUGCUGGGGAUGCAUUCACCUCAGGUGGCAAAGUCGAUCAACUUUGUCGCUGCGAGCAGGUUGAAGGGGUCACCCAAGACGAGGACGUCCAACAUCGGCGCCAGUUCGCCGAUCUCGCGGUCUUCGCCCAGCCAGCAGCAGUUGCAACAGAACCGCGCCUCACCGACUCAAGCAUCACCCGGCUCAGCUACGGCGACGGACUACUCGCAGUUCUCGCCUUCGCUGCGUCGGGCGUCCAACACGGUACCCUCGCCCGGAGCCUACAGCAGCAACAGCGGCGGCUUCGGAGGCAGCACUAGUCGGAUGGGCACUCCCACCUCCGGGAUUGAAUUCGGCACAGCAGGCGGAGUGGGUGCUGCGUCGUCAACGUCGUCGUCUUCGCCGUUGGCGGCGUUUCGAGCACGACACGCUUCGCGAGCCUCGUCGGCUUCUCCGUCGUCGAUUCGCGCUCGGUCUGUCACUCCAUCUGUGAGUGGUACGCAGGUGGACCUGAGCUUUGAUGAUGGCGUGGCGGACGAUGGGGUGGAUGGAGGGGAGGCGACGUUUUUGGGCGACGAGAGCUUUGAAGUGGACAGGGCUCUCAAGAGUUUGCGUCAUUCUAUGGGUGCGGUGGCUUCGACUCCCGCGCCCGCGUUUCGGUAG